GCGAAGUUCUGGCUGAUUGACGAAAGGACUUAGAGGGGAUCGCAAGAGGUUGUAAUGAAUGUUUUGCAAUUCAUUUAUUUCUAAACUGAAAACGUUGUAUUCUUGGACAGCUAUUACAAAGGUAGGUAUUGCUGUACAAUGGAUUUAAAAUCACUUCUUCAGAGUCAUUUAAAUAAGCAAGAAAAAAAGAAAACAGAAGAUGUUGAAGGAGAGGAUGCAAGUUCUGUAGAAAAAGAUAAAGAAGCUGUUGAUAAACUCUUUGAAAAGUAUUAUUGUGAAUGGAAAGGCACAGCAAAGCAAACAGGUACACAUACAAAUAGUUUUUCUGUAAUACCUAAGUUCUAUCAUAAAUUGCCUCCAGAGGAUGAUCAGUUGCUUCAAAAACUGCGUGAGGAGUCUAGAGCUGUCUUUCUUCAGAGGAGGAGCAGGGAGCUACUAGAUAAUGAUGAACUAAAGAAUUUAUGGAUGCUCCUUGACAAACACCAGUCACCUCCUAACCUAGGUGGUGAAGAGCAGCUGAUAAACUAUGAGGAUUUCUUAAAGGUUGCUGAACAAGCUGGGCCUAAAUGCAAGCAGUAUUUCCAACCAUCAACAUUCUGUAAGCUUUUGCAGAAUGAUCCAUAUGGAAGAAUAUCCAUCAUGAAUUUCUUCAAUUAUGUGAUGAGAAAAGUAUGGCUUCAUCAGACGAGGAUUGGCCUCUCCCUGUAUGAUGUUACAGGGCAGGGUUAUCUACGAGAAUCAGACCUAGAAAAUUACAUCUUGGAAUUGAUACCAACACUACCUCAGUUAGAUGGCCUUGAGAAGUCUUUCCACUCUUUUUAUGUUUGCACAGCUGUCAGAAAAUUCUUCUUCUUCCUUGACCCGAUGCACACAGGGCAGAUUAAAAUUCAAGAUAUCCUAGCAUGUAGCUUCUUGGAUGACCUUCUUGAACUUCGUGAUGAAGAACUACCAAAAGAUCAACAGCAGAAUAAUUGGUUCUCAGCUCCAUCUGCCCUAAGGGUGUAUGGUGUUUACCUCAACUUAGACAAAGAUCACAAUGGAAUGUUGUCCAAGGAAGAGCUCUCACGAUAUGGCAUGGGAACCCUGACUCCUGUGUUCAUUGACCGUGUCUUCCAGGAGUGCCUUACAUACGAUGGUGAGAUGGACUACAAAACCUACCUAGACUUUGUUCUGGCUCUUGAAAACCAGAAGGAACCACAAGCUCUGCAUUAUUUCUUCAAAAUUCUUGACAUCGAUGGAAAGGGGUACCUAAAUGUGUUUACUCUAAAUUACUUUUUCCGAUCCAUACAAGAACAGAUGCGGCAACACAACCAAGAACCAGUGAACUUUGAAGAUGUGAAAGAUGAGAUAUUUGAUAUGGUGAAGCCAGCAGAUCCUUGUAGAAUAACACUUCAGGAUCUUAUUAAUUGUGGCCAAGGAGAUGUUGUCAGCAGCAUCUUGAUUGAUCUCAAUGGGUUUUGGACUUAUGAAAACAGAGAAGUUCUGGUUGCUGACAAUAAUGAAGAACCUGCUCAGGUAUAAAAGUCAUACUAAUAUAUCUAGGCAUCAUCUGUAAUAGUGAUAUGUACACUUCUAAAAUACUUUAACACUUUAGAAAAAAAUACAUUCCAGAUGCUUUAUAUGUGCCUUUGCGACUGUGCUCUUCAGCUGAAGAUUAUUCAGAUAUUUAAGUCAUUCUAAUACCCAACCAAAAAAAAAAAAAAAAAAAAAA